AUGGCGCAAAAGAAGCCCAACCGCAGGCUCCUUCACCGGAUGAUUGAGGCAGCCUUAGAUCGUGAAGAAGCGGGCUACCCACCCAUGGCGGCACACGCAGCAGCGGCUAUGGGCGUACAGACUGGAGGGUAUGGACAAGAAAUGCCAGGAGCCCCACCAAAGCGAGUGGCCACAACACAUAUGGAUUCUCUCAUUCCCAUCAAUGACAAGCUCCUCGUCUUCCGCGCUUUGACCGGUAUCGACAGUGUCCCUGCGCUCACAGAGCAGGGUCAUCUUCUCCGCAGUGCGCCCAAUGUUGGUAUCUAUACCCGUGUCAUUACCAAUGAAACCAAGGCGCAGCGCGCCUACAAAAUCUUCAACUUCCUCAUCAACACCUGUCUCGGCGUCCAAGUCGUCGUUGCCGCCGCAGUGACUGCCCUUGGCGCAGCCAGCGGCCCACACUCUGCUGUCACUGCGUUCGGUGCGAUUAACACAAUCAUGGCUGGUGUCCUGACAUACCUCCGCGGCUCCGGACUCCCAGAUCGCCUCAAGAACUACCAAAACCAAUGGAAGAACAUCCGAGAGUACAUCGAACAACGCGAGCGAGAGUUCUGCCUGGUAAAUUGUGAUCUAGACGUGCAAGAAGAAGUCUUCAUCGUCGAAAGCAUGUACCAAAGCGUCAAGUCAGAAAUGGAAACCACAAAGAGCACGGAAAGCAAGAACCAGCAGCCCGACGAUCCCCGUAUCCGUCGCUCUGUCUUGCCGCCUUCACACGACCAGUCGUACAGAGGAUCUACUCAGCCAGGACGCGCAGACCAGACUUUGCAUCAUGACCCAUCUUACCAGAGACAAAACACGGAGCCUGGACCAGUCAGUCCAAUCGCCACCCCAGAGCCAGCACUGGAGAAAGAAAAACAGUGA